CAAAUGGAACUAGAAAAUAUUGUUGCAAACACCGUCUACAUCAAAGCCAGAGAAGGUGGUGGUGGAAAGCGGAAAGGAAAAAGCAAAAAAUGGAAACAAAUUUUGAAAUUUCCUCAUAUAACAGGAUGUAUGGAUAUAAAAAAUAAAAUUUCUCAGUCGUAUCACUAUGUUGUGGAACAACAGCCCAUUGGACGUGAAUUGUUUCGUAUGUACUGUUCCCGAACACCCACACUUGCCAAAGCCAUCAGUUUCCUAGACAUGGUGAAUGAUUAUGAAGUUGCACCGGAUGAAAAAAGACCUACCAAGGCCACCGAAGUGUUUGAAAAAUAUCUUAAUUCAAAGUCUCCAGAUUAUGUCAGUCAAAUAAACGGUAAUCAUGUCACCGCCAUUAAAGAGUCGAUCUCGGACAACACAUCAGGGAAAGAACUGUUUAACACAUGUACACAGAUAAUAUUAGAAUAUUUACAUGGAGAGCCAUUCAGAGAGUUUUUAGAUAGUAUGUAUUUUAAGCGGUACCUACAGUGGAAAUGGCUUGAAGGACAACCUGUAACCAAGAACACAUUUCGGAUGUACCGGGUUUUGGGGAAGGGUGGGUUUGGGGAAGUGUGUGCAUGUCAAGUGAGGGCUACUGGUAAAAUGUAUGCAUGUAAGAAGCUGGAAAAGAAAAGGAUAAAGAAGCGGAAUGGCGAGAGGAUGGCUCUCAAUGAAAAGCAAAUUCUACAAAAAGUUAAUUCACGGUUUGUUGUUAGCCUAGCCUAUGCAUUUGAAACCAAAGAGGCAUUAUGUCUAGUAUUAACUCUGAUGAAUGGGGGUGACCUCAAGUUCCACAUUCAUAAUAUGGGGAACCCCGGUUUUGAGGAGGAGCGGGCUGUCUUCUGUGCGGCCGAGAUCACAUGUGGUCUAGAGGACCUCCAGCAGAAGAGGAUAGUGUACAGAGAUUUGAAACCUGAAAAUAUUCUCCUGGAUGACUUUGGUCACUUAAGGAUUUCUGAUCUGGGACUUGCAGAGGAGGUACCAGAUGGGGAAACCAUUAAAGGCCGUGUUGGAACAGUAGGAUACAUGGCUCCGGAGGUGGUGAAAAAUGAGCGGUACUCCUUCAGCCCAGACUGGUGGGGACUUGGCUGUAUCAUAUAUGAAAUGAUCGAGGGCAAGAGUCCGUUCCGGGCAAGGAAAGAAAAGGUAAAAAGGGAUGAAGUAGAUCGUCGUGUUAGGGAGGACCGAGAGGUGUACUCAUCCAAAUUCUCAGAGGACUGCAGGGAUAUAUGUACUCAGCUGUUACAAAAAGACCCAAACCUCAGACUGGGUUGUACUUGUGGAAAAAAUGGUGCCAAAGAGGUGAAAAGCCAUCCAUUCUUCAAAACGAUCAACUUUCGACGGUUACAAGCUGGUGUGUGUGAUCCCCCCUUUGUACCAGAUAGGAGGGCAGUAUACUGCAAGGAUGUCCUUGACAUUGAGCAGUUUUCAACAGUGAAGGGAGUGAACCUUGACCCCAGUGACGAUCGAUUUUAUAGCAAUUUUAGUACAGGAAGUGUGUCAAUUCCUUGGCAGAAUGAGAUGAUCGAGACUGAGUGCUUCAAGGAGUUGAACACAUUUGGUGAGAAUGACAGUCCCACUUCCGACCUGAUGGAGGACCAACCUCCUCCUCCACACCGCACUGGGCUCCUUGACAGAAUCUUCAGGCGACAGAGGCAUCGAGACACUCACUGACGACUACGAAUCUCCUGUGCACCGUUGUGUUUGUUGUAAAAUACUGGUACCCUGAGAAGCGUAUCUUGUUUCUGCAGUUCAUCGUGAUACCCAGUGACAGUCAAAGCACUUGUGAUGCGAGUAUUAUUGUGAAUGUAGAACAGUUUUGUUGUAGACAACAGGGCACCUUUGAAGGAAUGACUUAAAAAAGUAGCGAUAUGACUGACUCAGAAUUUGUAUGGGACUGGACUAAGAGUUUACCGUCAGUAGUCUCCCCUGUAUAGAAUCGUGCAGCUACACUUACAACACACUCCCCAUGUGGCUUCAUGUCAAAGUCAUCCAGAAUUAGCUGGUAUUGAUGAACACUACCCCUGCAGGCCAGUACUAGUAUUGUUAGAUUAACCAAUGGCAUUUUAGGUGACUUCUUCAAACCACCAUAUUGUUGAAAUGUCUUGGUGAAUUUCAUUGGUUGAGAAAACUAUAUUUUGAAAUAGAGAGAAGAAAAUAAUUUGAUGACUAGUUAACAAAAAUAUAAUUUCUGUUGAAUGUUAAUUUCAGGUGUACAAGUAAAAUUCCUUCAUAGAACAGAUGCAGUAUGCAUUUUUUGCGAGUGUUCACCGUAUUGGAAGAUUUCAUAAUUCAAGGAUAAAUGUUGUUGCUUAUCAGUAACUGCAACAAUGGAUUUCAUUGGUGAAGUGGACAUGUAUUGUUGUAUUGAGGGGACAAGAUCCCCGUCGGUGUAGUUAAGUAGCGAGCCCAUUAUGGGUUAUGUAUUCUAGUCUUGGUGUGUAAUGCGGACUCUCGUUGCGAGGAUUCGAAUUGCAGUGUGUGUGGAUGAUGUGCUGAUUACACUGCUCUGACUUGCCAUGAAUUGUCUCCCCUAGGUUAUCGUGAUAUGGUGUGUACAAGGUAUAUAACAGUGAGAAGUGUAUGGAUAUAUAGUUUUUUUUAAAUAUUGAAGCAUGAUAUUGUAUUAGCUGUGCAGUAAAGCCUGUCAUGUUCUUUUUAUAAUCACUACUGCCAGGUAAUGACUGUUAGGUUGGUUUAAAAUCUGGGGAGGGGGGAGAAGGUAGCUAUAUAUAGGUCUGUAUAUAGAUACAACAAAAGUGGAAUGUCCAAUGAAUUCAUAUCGGCUAAAAAAAAGUUUUGUUUGUCUUUUUUGGAGGGGGAGGGGGUGUUGGUUAGUAACACAGUUCUCUAAGCAGAAAAAAUGAUCAUUAAAAUGAUGAUAACGUCACACUAAUUUAUGUCUUGUAAUGGAUUUUUGUGUAGUCCCUGUUGAUUGGAUCUUAUUAACUAAUCUUGUCAUCUAUGAGACUUCAAAUAGGAGAUUAAUGUCAUUUUACAAGAAUUUAAAACUUCCUGUA